AUGACAAACAAUUCCCCUAAAAUCUAUGACUUAGACUCUACUUCUUCUCAAGAUGAGUACACUAACUCCUCUUCCCAACAAGAUCAACCACCACAAGCCGCCACCGCCGAUCAACCUCGCACCACCGAAUCUGGAAGAAGGCCACGUGGUAGGCCUGUAGGGUCAAGAAACAAGCCAAAACCUACCUCUCUCCGAGUGCCCGAAACCACAGAGUCCACUAUGAAUGUCUUCACUUUCAAUGUGGCUUCAAAUGGGGACAUCAUGGAGUCUAUUCUUGAGAUUGCUCAAAGGGACCAAGUUAGUGUCACUGUUAUGAAUGUUUCUGGCAUGAUCAACAACGUGACCCUGGAAGCUUCGAAUGAGGCUGCACCACCCAUCAUUCUCCAUGGGCCCUUCAACUUCCUCUCCCUCUCUGGAUCCUACUUGUACGACAACCACUACAUUCUUCACCCCGGUGCCACCCCUCCCCCUCCCCCAUCCUUUGGGAUCCAUCUCUCCGACGCUCAAGGUCAGGUUUUCAGUGGCAUCAUUGGUGGCAAAGUCAUUGCUGGUGAGAAUGUCAUGAUCACUGUCUCCACAUUUAGGAACCCUGACAUUUUGAUGUACACUCCUGAAGAUCAACAAGAGGAUGAAACUCACAACGAUAGUGAUAACAACAGUGCUGGGGAUUUCAGUGGGGGUGGCGACUUCAUGGGGUUCAACCCAAGUUGUUGA